AUGCGAAACCCUCCCCGUCGGGGGCAUGCGCCGCAGAUAUCCAUCAGCGAUGACAGCCACCACGUCACAGAGGCCAUAGGCGACAUGUACGGCGGAGAUAGCGACACUGAGUCGAACCGACGCAGCCUGCGACCCCUAAGCUUCAUUCCCAGCCCCAACGGCGACUCGAUCCAGUCCUUUGGCGCCUUCGAGGCCUUUGACCCCUUCCCCAGCGCUCCGCCCGCAAGAUCCCCGCUGCGUCCCCAGCUGUCCUUCGAGAAGCCAGCAACGCCGACGAGCCCAAAUGGCAGCACCAACAUGCCCCAGAAGCGGGCUUCUAUCGGCCGAAACCCCUCAAAUGGCGGCGAGAUAUCCCCUCCGCUGUCUCGCUCAAACUCCAACACGGCGUCGCACCAGUUCCCGCUCAACAACCUCGACUACGAAAACAGCCCUGCAGGUCUUGCCCAGGAAUUGAGCAACCUGCAAGCCAUACGGAGGAUGUCAAUGGGCGUUAACAAUGCCGAUCCCGAUCUACCUUCGUUCCAAUCCGCCAACUCACCGCCCUCUCCUCCCGCCGUGUCUGAGGAAGAUGAAUCAAAACUGUUCUGGGUGCCCGCACGUUUGCACCCCGAACUCGCCCCUAUGGAAUUCAAGACUUUUAUCGAGGACAAGAUCGACAGGACGAGACGACGUUCAGGAGACUCGGAUUCACUAUCGCCCGACGGUGCCAUGGGACGUCAGGGCUCAGGUGGAGGUUUACGGCGCAAGAAGUCUAUGCUUUCCAGGCAAAUCGAUACCGGUAGCGGCUACAAGGAUGGUGCUGAGAGACUGGAACGGAAACGCUCCGGUACGCAGUCCAGCGGUGGCCUGUCCAAUCUUCAAGAGCUCGAGCACAUACAGGAGGACCCAGUGGCCUUGAUAAGACGUAUGAGCAUCGACCACAAGGCUAUUGCUGGAGAAGGGGAGGAGGGUGUAGAUGGGAUGCCAAUCGUACCAGGCAGUAAAAUGCGUGGUUUGGGGACGCUGAAGAGGUCAACACAUACUACUUAUAGGCGAGGCAGUCUACGCAAAGGUGGUCCGGCCCUCUCACGUCGGCUUGUCUCUGGCCGACAGGCAGAAACUGAUACAGAAGACUCGCCGUCUACCUCCCCUGUACAUUCUACCGAAAGCAUACCUGAAGUCCCGCCUCUCCCAGGACUUGCGCGCGUUCAGUCUGAACCCGUCAAUGGCGCAUUCGAGGGAUCGUCCAACAACUUUUCGCGGCCACAAGCAAAUCGAGCAUCUCCCAGCUAUGGUGGAGAAAGACCCGGCUCAUCGGAGGAACAUCCCAGGUCAGCUUCCACUGAGCCUAUGACACAGGAUCGAACUUCGCCUCAGCCUCGGCAGUUCCAUUCGAGGAUCGCCUCGAACGGUCGAACGACAGCACCUUUGCCCGGCUAUACCCCUCCACCACAGCAGGUACCCCAAAUCAUCGAGACACCACCGCCACAGGAGCAGAACAGGACACCUCAGUUUACGCUACCGGAACGUCACUCUUCCCGCCAGCCACCGCCUCAAUCCCAGCAACAGCCUGCUGGUCCCCGUCAUUAUCCUCAGCCUCAGCAGCAGCCUCCGCAACAACAGCGCCAGCCUCAGCCUCAAGCAGGUCGCCCAAAUCGCCAUGCACAAGCCGCCCAGAACUCCCCUAUCAAGCCCGCGCAAUCUUUUGAUGAUUUAGUAGCCCAGCCUUCCGCGAUGCCUGGCCAGAACAACAGAGUAGACUCGUUGUCCAUUAUCCCAAAUGCGCCAGAAGACAAGAAGUCUGACGGGAAAUCCAAAGACAAGAAAGACAGCUCAGAAGGCGGCCCAAGGAAGACGAGCUGGGGUUGGUUUGGCGGUGAUAAAGAAAAGGAAAAAGACAAAAAGGGUGGAAAAGACGCAGAGAAAGAAAAAGACAAGAAGGUCAAGAACAAGCUCAGCAAGCCUCAGGAAAAGGGGCACGAUGAUACAAGACUGGACCUCCUGCAAACGUCGAUACAAGGUGGUGGUCGUGGUCGUGAAAGCGUUGUGUUGGAUCGAGAAAGUAUCAAGCUAGAAGAGGAGCGGAAGAAAGAGAGCGCCAGAAAGACGUCUAGCGAAGGCAAGAAAGAGAAGGAGCCUGGACUACUAUCCUCUAUCUUCGGAGGAGGAAAGAAGAAGGGCGAGAAGGAGUCGUCUCACAAGAAGAACGCCUCACGCGGACUAUCGCCUGAGCCCCCGCCACGCAUCUUGAAGCCCGAUAUCGAUUACAACUGGACCCGAUUCUCAAUCCUUGAAGAACGUGCGAUCUACCGCAUGGCUCACAUCAAGCUCGCGAACCCUCGUCGCGAACUCUAUUCUCAGGUCUUAUUGAGCAACUUCAUGUACUCAUACCUCGCGAAAGUCCAACAAAUGCACCCGCAGAUCUCCAUUGGUAACUCCAAACAAGCGAAGCAAGCUCAGCAGGCUCAGCAACAGCAACAAGCUGCGCAGCAGAAGAAGGAGCAGCAACAGCAGCAAGCCGCUCAACAAGCUCAACAACAGCAAUCGCAGCCUGAGGAGUUUGCUCAGUAUCAGCGAUACCAGCAGCAACAGCAGCAGCAGCAGCAGCAGCAGCAGCAACAUGAGCAACAAUCAGAGAAAUCCAAUGAAUGGCCAAGCGUACAUCAACAACAAGCGAACGGGGCGCUACAACAUCAGCAACAAAAUGGACAGCACCAGCAACAACAGCAUCAAAGAGGCGCGUCGCAGGGUAAUCAAUACAACCAGAAUCCUCGCGAUUCUCAUCAUUCUAAUUAUAGUGCGAAUGGAGGCAGCGGUGGAUAUAGCGUUGCAAACACACAGAAUUAUCUGGGUCAGUCGGGCAAAGGAGGAGGGGGCUAUGCUAAUCAUUCGGAUUCUGAUCAGAGUCAGAGGGCUGAUGAUGAUAUGUGGUAG